AUGCUCAACCCUCUGACCAUACUCCUGAGCCUCCUGACGUGGUUUCCCGCCAGGCUGAUCAUUCGGGUCUAUGUGCUUCUUGCCGCGUUCCAUGUGACAUUCGUUCUCUUGGCCACGGGUGCUCGCCCGCUGUGCGGUCUUACCUUCACCGCUUCCACACCAGUAUGCCGUUGGUUCGAUAACAUGGGCACUCACUACCAAACCCUCUCACCAUUUGCUUCUAUCAUGGAUAUUAACACGGCUCAGACUCGCCGAAUUGGCUAUCCUGUCAGAGACGCAGCUUCCCCAAUUCCGGCUCAAGCACGCGUCAUGUUACAUGAGCUUCUACCUCAAGUUUCCGCUCUACAUGUGCCCUUUAGUCGAGCGUUGAUCAAGGAACUCGAGGAUGCCGACGUCAAGUUACAAAGCGUCGCCAGGCUUUCAAACUCUCUUGAGGCAAAGAAAAGCCACUUUGCCCAUAGCGUUCUGACAGCAUCGUCUCUACUCCCCAAAGCUCUCAAAGCUGGGAAUUCUCGAUGUUCCACUGCAGAGGACUGCGCUACACUAACGCUUUCCGCUAACCGCUCGCUCGCCGACUUUGCCGAUCGGGUUGGCGCCAGUGUCAUUGAAUUGCAAAAGCAUUCUUCUUCUCUCGCCGCAGCCCGCCGUUACCUCGUCGCCCAUCUCUCUCAUCUGCACAAGGAAGUUUCGGAGGAGCUCGCCAAUGCGCAUCGUCAUAAAUACUCAACCAACCUCCUUUCCUCCAUCUUCAACGGCUCAGCUCGCUUCGGUUUGGGUCAAGUACUUAAAGUUCUUUCGCGAGCGAACCAAGAAAUCAUGAAGCUACUCCGACUAUCUAUUCAAGCCGAAGAAGAACAUGCAAUUUUCAUUAUGGCUGUGGAUGAGAUCAGAGGCGCGCUACUUGAGAUCGCUCAUUCACCCAUUCCUCAGGCCCACUUACAAUUUUUGGCGCAUCGUAUGGAGAUACUAGGCAGAGAUGGUGGAGAAGAGAGACUGCAGAGGGUAUUCAUCGACGCAUUUCGCGACGACACCGGCCAAUAG